CUCCAAAUAAGUACUCACCCCGAUACGCUCACUCUCCACUCUCUCUCUCUCUCUCUCUCUCUCUCUCUCUCUCUGGGACCUCUCUCGGUGUCUUUAUCAUCGUUUGUUUCGUACUUGAAAUUCUAUCCCUUUCAACGGGAAGCAAUGAUUUCCCAAGCAUCACUGUCUAACGGCAGCUUUUGCCCUCUCUCCAACCUCCAUUAUUCUACCAAACGCUCUCUCCCGCGCUCAAUGCGCCCACCCGUACUACCUUUUCUCGGCCGUAAUUCCCGUCGCUUCGACCUUCUCCGCCUCCCUCCUGAUCCUACUCUGCAGGUUGUCGAAGCGGUGAGAUAUGACGGUCCGGUGGUUGAGAUCGGGGAUUUGGCGGGAAUUGAGGACGGGGAGUUGGAGUUUGAGACUUGCGUUGCCCGCACUCUGCCUCCGGCAUUGACGCUUGAGCAGGGGCUCCAGACUAUCAACGAGGCUGUUGAGGAGUUGAAGAUGAAUCCUCCUUCUUCUUCUAGUGGAAUUUUAAGGUUUCAGGUGGCUGUUCCUCCAGGUCCAAAAGCUUUGAAUUGGUUUUGCUGUCAACCGGAGGAGUCGUCCGUAUAUCCUCUCUUCUUCCUCUCCAAGAAUACAGACGAUCCAACAGACAAGUCAUUGUAUUUAAAAAAAAGUAGUGGAGUUUUUGGAAUCGGUGCUGCGAUUUACUUUAAGGAUUCCUCGUCUUCUAGUUCGCGAAGUUCGACCAAAAGAUAUCUAUCAAUUGAUUCAACCUUUAUAAUGGCUUAUGGUUUUAUGGAUGUUAAUUUCAACAUUGAGUCAUCUUCCAUGAUGCAUGAGGCUGGUUCUUCGUACUUUUUCGUUCCACAGAUUGAAUUAGAUGAGCAUGAUGGGGUUUCUAUUUUAGCAGCAACAAUUGCUUGGAAUGAUUCUUCUCUUUGUUCAUUUGAAGAAGCACUCUGUUCUUAUGAGUUUUCCCUCAAACAGGCUAGUUCUCAUUCUUGGCCCCACUCCAAAAGCAUAAGAUCUACUCUUGGAAAGCUCAAUGCGGUGGAGGAUAAAACUCUUUCGAUGGUGUACAUGAACCUUCUUUCGCAAGGAAGAAGAGAAGUUAUGGCCGAUAUUAUAGAACUGAAAGAGGCUCCAUCUUCCAGUCAAUUCUGCAUCAGGCUUUCACCAGCCAUUGCUGUUGCCAGUAACAUGUUGGAUCAUACCAGUGAAAUGUGUUACUCAUCACAAGACUAUGCCAACAUCAAUGCGGUCUGGGCAUCACUUAUAGUUGAAGAAUGCACUCGACUUGGUUUAACGUAUUUUUGUGUAGCUCCUGGAUCGAGAUCAACCCCCCUUGCAAUUGCUGCUUCUGCUCAUCCCCUGGUAACAUGUAUUGCAUGUUUUGAUGAACGUUCACUAGCAUUUCAUGCUGUCGGUUAUGCAAGAGGAUCUCAGACCCCAGCAGUAGUCAUAACAUCGUCUGGCACAGCAGUUUCAAAUCUUCUUCCUGCUGUUGUGGAGGCUAGUCAAGAUUUUGUACCGCUACUGUUGCUCACAGCUGAUCGUCCUCCAGAGUUGAUAGAUUGUGGAGCAAACCAAGCAAUUAAUCAGGUGAACCAUUUUGGUUCUUUUGUGAGGUUGUUCUUCAACCUUCCUGCAGCAACUGAUCAGAUUUCUGCACGGUUAUUACUUACCACCAUUGACUCUGCUGUAUAUCGGGCAACCUCUUCCCCUCGUGGCCCUGUUCAUAUCAACUGCCCUUUCAGGGAGCCACUGGAAAAUAGUCCAAAAAAAUGGGUGCCAAGCUGUCUUAAGGGGUUAGACUUUUGGAUGUCUAAUGCCGAACCAUUUACUAAAUAUAUUCAAGCACAGAGUUCUCGUGCAUUUACUAAUACUAACAGCCAAAUGACCGAGAUUUUAAAUGUUAUUCAAAGUGCUAAGAAUGGACUUCUACUUAUUGGUGAAAUACAAACGGAGGAUGAGAUAUGGGCAGCUAUUCUCUUGGCUAAACACCUGCAGUGGCCUACUGUAGCUGACAUCUUGUCAGGGUUACGAUUGCGGAAGCUUUUGGCUUUUCCUGAACUUCAAGAGAAUUUUAUAUUUGCUGAUCAUCUUGAUCAUGCUCUGAUUUCAGAUUCUGUUCGGGAUUGGUUGCAGCCUGACGUGAUUAUUCAGAUUGGGAGUAGAAUAACAAGCAAGCGCGUAUCUCAGAUGCUAGAGAAGUGCUCUCCACGCUCAUAUAUCAUGGUUGAAAAGCAUCCAUUCCGUCAUGAUCCUUCACAUAUUAUGACUCACAGAAUUCAGAGUACCAUUGUUGAAUUUGCCGAUUGUUUACUUAAAGCUAAAUCUCCACAAAAGAACAGCAAGUGGAGCUCUUUUCUGCAUAUAUUGAAUACAAUGGUUUCAUGGGAGAUAACAUUUCAAAUUGGCAGCAAGUACCCAUUGACUGAACCUCAAGCUGCACGUGUAAUUUCAGAAGCACUAUCAUGCAAGUCUGCUCUUUUCAUUGGGAAUAGCAUGCCAAUACGCAAUUUCGAUAUGUAUGGACAUAAUGGGUCAGAAUGUAUUCAUAGUGUUGCGGCUACAAUGUUGAACUCAGAACUACCAUGUCACGGGAUAUUGGUGGCUGGAAAUAGGGGAGCUAGUGGAAUUGAUGGGUUGCUCAGCACAGCUGUUGGUUUUGCUGUGGGCUGCAACAAACGUGUACUGUGUGUGUUUGGAGAUGUAUCUUUCCUCCACGAUACCAAUGGCUUGUCACUUUUGAGUCAAAGGAAUUCGCGGAAACCAAUGACAGUUAUUGUGAUAAACAAUCAUGGAGGUGCAAUCUUCAGUCACCUUCCUAUUGCAAAGAGAGCCGAGCCAAGUAUAAUGAAGCAAUUCUUUUACACCGAGCAUGAUGUUUCAAUUCGCAGCCUAUGUGCCGCACAUGGUGUGAAGCAUUUACCAGUGCAGACAAAGAUGGAGCUUCAAGAUGCUUUAAUGAUAUCUCAAGGUGAUGAGAUGGAUUGUGUAAUUGAAGUUGAGAGUGCCAUUGAUGCCAAUGCUACCUAUGCCAGUAUUUUGAGACAAUAUGCAAGCCAGGCGGCAAAUCAUGCUGUAAGCAUCCUCUCAAGAUUUUCUGUUCAAGAUUCCAUUUCACAUGGAGACUUCCUUUGCAAGGUCGAGAGAAUGGAGUACUCCCUGUUUAGAAUCCCGCUUUCUGCUCCAUCUACUUUGACUUCAGUUGAUCGUGAUCAUACCAAGCUUUAUCGAGAAGGUUAUAUGUUGUCUUUAUAUCUUGAAGAUGGAAGUGUUGGGCUUGGUGAGGUUGCACCUUUGGAUAUCGACAGAGAAAAUAUGCUUGAUGUAGAGCAGCAACUCAGAUUUAUUCUUCAUGUAAUAAAAGGAAAGAAGAUUAGUUUCUUCCUUCCUCUGCUAAAGGGCUCAUUUUCUUCUUGGAUAUGGAACAACUUGGGAAUUCCGCCAUCCUCAGUCUUUCCCAGUGUGAGAUGUGGCUUAGAAAUGGCCAUCCUCAAUGCCAUAGCAGCAAGGCAAGGUUCCAGUUUACUAAACAUAUUACAGCCCAAUACUGUUGAAAAAGAAAAAUCUGAAAGUUCAUCAAAGGUUAAGAUUUGUGCCCUUCUUGAUCCCAAGGGAACUCCUUCAGAAGUAGCUGAUGCUGCUACAACUCUUGUUGAAGAAGGAUUUACUGCGAUAAAGUUAAAAGUAAGUCGGGCGUCGGGCAAUCCCAUGCAUGAUGCCACUGUAAUACAAGAAGUAAGAAAGAGGGUUGGCAGCCAGAUAGAUCUCCGUGCAGAUGCUAAUCGAAACUGGACCUUAGAAGAAGCUGUACAAUUUGGCUCUUUGGUAAAGGAUUGUGACCUGCAGUAUAUUGAGGAACCUGUUCAGGAUGAAAAUGAUAUCAUCAAGUUUUGUGAAGAAAGCGGCUUGCCUGUAGCUCUGGAUGAAACUAUCGCCAAUUUUCAGGAAAAUACUCUCGAAAAGCUGGAGAAGUAUACUCACCCUGGAAUAGUUGCUGUUGUUAUCAAACCAAGUGUCAUUGGUGGAUUUGAAAAUGCAGCACUGGUUGCACGCUGGGCACAACACCAGGGAAAGAUGGCUGUUGUCAGUGCUGCAUAUGAAAGUGGCCUUGGUUUGUCAGCAUAUAUUCAGUUUUCUUGCUAUCUUGAGCUGCAGAAUGCAGACUUAUGCAAAGUAAUGAAAAAUGAGCCGAUCCCAUCUAUAGCCCAUGGUCUGGGGACAUACCGCUGGCUUGAAGAGGAUGUUACAACUGCUCCUCUCAGGAUUGAUCGUGAUCCAUCUAGUGGUUUCAUAGAAGCUUCUGUUGCCGAUGCUAAUCGAGUUCUGCAGAAAUUUCAAAUUAACCACAACGUUAUUCGUAGAAAGUUUACUGGAGAGCAAGUUAGUACAUACCGAUUGAAUGUAGAUGUGAAGGGCUUCUCUUGUUCUGUCAAAGUUCAUGAGGUUGGACAAAGAACCAAUGCAAGUGAUGAUACAGUUUUAUUUCUUCAUGGAUUUCUUGCUGGUGAAGACUGGAUUCCUAUCAUGAAGGCCAUCUCAGGAUCAGCAAGAUGUAUUUCAAUUGAUAUUCCUUGUCAUGGGGGAUCAAAGAUUCAAAACCACAGUGCUAAGGAUGCCACACAGCAUCCAAGUUUGUCAAUCGAGGUAGUUGCAGAUGUAUUGUACAAAAUGAUUAAUCAAAUUACUCCAGGGAAAGUUAUUUGCGUGGGAUACUCAAUGGGAGCUAGGAUCGCACUGCACAUGGCCCUGAGAUUUAGUGAUAAGAUCAAAGGAGCUGUUGUAAUAGCUGGAAGCCCUGGUUUAAAAGAUAAAGCAGCAAGAAAAGUUCGUACGGCUAAAGAUGAUUCCAAAGCACAUUCCCUUCUUACUCAUGGCUUACAACCAUUUGUGGACACCUGGUACACUGCCGAUUUGUGGAACAGCUUAAGAGGCCAUCCCCAUUUCAAUCAAAUAGUCACCAGCCGCUUGCAGCAUGAUGAUGAACGGAAUCUUGCAAAAGCUCUCGCUGACUUAAGCGUUGGGAGACAGCUGUCUUUGUGGGAUGACCUGAAGCAUUGCAAAACGCCACUUUUGCUCGUGCACGGGGACAAGGAUACAAAGUUCAAGAAAAUAGCUCGUGAAAUGUAUCAUGAAGUUAGCAAUGGCUUGAAGAGUGGAGAUGAGUCAAGGGAGGAGAUGCAUGAGAUUGUUGAGGUUCCCAACAGUGGCCACGCUGCCCAUCUGGAGAACCCUCUCUCUAUUAUCAGGGCGUUGAGGCAAUAUUUGACGAAACUGCGAACAACUUCUUUCCAAUCCACAGAGUCCUCCUUCUAUACAGAGCUGUAGCCUUUUGUCAUUGAUAAGAUGCAAUAAACCAGCUGAUAAUGCAGACGACGAUUGUCUGAUGCGUCUCGCAAUAAGAAAAUGCUGGCGUAGCCAUUGUCAAAGUUCAUUGUUUAUAAUUCUUUUUGUUGCACGGAUACUGCGUAUAAGCAAAUAAAUUAGCAAUGGGAAUUUCCCACUUUGAAAGGCAAUAAAAAUAAAAAUAAAUAAAAAUUAUGGUUUUACA